CAAACUCAAUAAAAUGUUCGCUCACAUCUGCAGCUCCGUGUUCCAGGCCGACAACCUGCGCUGCUUCCUGGUUGGGAUCUUUUACGCCUGCUGUUGCUGGAGAUGGAGCUGGAGAAGAGCCGGGACAAAGUGCAGAAGAAGCCCGUUCGCCUCAUAGCUGCGAUUUGCAACAACAUGGGCAUGGGGAAAGACGGAACACUGCCCUGGAGUUUACCAUCUGAAUUCCAGUACUUUCUGAACACCAUCAAAAAAGUGUCAAGACCAGGAAACAUGAAUUUGCUGAUUUGGGGGCGACUUUGCUGGAAUUCCCACCCAGAAAGUAUGUUUCCGAUGGACAACUCUCUGCACGUAGUGCUCAGUAAGACACUGAGCUCAGUCCCAGAUUAUGCCCACUUCUUGUGCCGAGACUUUGAGAGCGCUGUCCGCCUGGCUGCCGAGCCCCCUCUUGCUGACAUAAUAGAGACCAUCUGGAUUCUUGGUGGGAGACAGGUCUAUGAGGAUGCGUUGAAGCACCCGUGGUGUGACCUGCUUUACCUGACCGACGUGAUGGCCGACUUUGACUGUGAUGCCUUCUUCCCUGAGUUUGACAGAGAAUUAUUUAAAUUACAGGAAAAAUUUCCUGAUGUACCGAGUGAAAUACAGGAGGAGAAUGGGAUUAAGUUCAAGUGCCAGGUUUUCAAGAAGGAGACUACUGAUACCAUGUAGAUGAGAACAGAAUAAACAAUCUAAAUUACCAUAAAAGAAGCCAAAAUAAUGUUAAAUGGUUCUUUACACUCCUAGCAGAAUGUACUUCUGAUAAUACUUUAGAGUUUUAAAACUGUAAAUAAAAGGUUUUGCCAGAAAUUGCAGUAUUACUACAAUUUGCCAAUAUGCAAUGAAAGGAAAAGAAAAUAACUUAAAGUGCUUUUAGCAAAGAUAGAAACAACAGUACAUUUGUGCAAUUAAAUUUUACAUGUGAAAGUUUCUCCUCACAUGUCUACUCCUUUUCAAUGUAUUUGGACAAAGUCUGGUUCUAAAACAGCUCUCCUUUUGGCUUCAACUUGCAACCGAGUCUUUGCAUCGUCCUCCUACAGAAAUAUUUUGCAGCUGCGAUUAAAAUGUGUUCGUAAAUUGACAUGUCAUAAAGAAGCUAGCCUGCAAUCUGCUGCUUCCUCAGAGUGGUACUGCAGGUACCACUCUGAGGUCUAUACGUUCAGAUCCAACUGGUUUUCCUUCAUAUUACAAUUACUGCCUCAUUUAAACAGAUAUGGAGAAAUGUUACAACACAUUUUUUAAAUCCUUUUUCCAGAAACUAGCAGGUGUUAUGCUUCUAUUUAAAUAUG